AUGUAUACCAUAGAGGGGAUAAUGAAGAAACAAUAUUGUGUUCCAAACACUACUACAUUAGCACUAGCCAUGCACAAGGACUCACAAGCAAUAUCCAAAGUCAAGCCCAAGAUUCACAUAAUUCACAUAUUUGCACCGAAGAUCUUCAAGACAGACGCAUCAAACUUUUGGGAACUAGUACAGAGACUCACUGGAAAGCCCAAAGAAGAUUGCUGCACUAAGAAGAGAGCAAGAUACCCAAGAAAAGGAGUGCAAAGCAUGUUUUACAAGAAUUCAGUGACCAAAAAAUGGACCUGCGUUCUGGGCAGCUUGACAGGUUUGGAUGUGGAUGCCCUCAUGCUCAAAGAAAAGAUAUGUGGUCGUGCAAAUUCAGAAGAUUUGGAUGAAUUCAUGCAAGAGCUAAACGGGGUGGUGGCUUUGCAAAUUUGGAUAGCUUCAUGCAAAAGCUUAAUGGGUUUGGAAAUGGGGAAGAAGAAGAGAGAUAGGGUGGUGAAAAUUCAGAUGUGGAUGUGUAUGGCUUCAUGCAAGGGCUUAAUGGGUGGCCAUUGGUGGUUCCUUUGGGUGCUUCUCACAUGGAUGCCUAUGGAGAGAAUAGGCUUGCGGCUUGCAUAG